AUGGUGCUUUCUUCCCCGCAAAUCCAACCUCAAAGUUUCCUCCGCAGUUCAAUUCGACAAGCCACCCAUCCGCUUCAGGUUCACCUCAGCCCAAUCAGAAUCUCCCUCUCUGUGAAACCCCCCUCUUGUUCACUGGUGGCAAAAUGCCAGGAGCAACAGCAACAACACCGGAAAACUCAAGAUGACGGGAUUCCCGCGGAGGAGGUGAAAAUUCUUGUCAAGUUCAAGUCCCGCCACAACUACAUCCGCGUUCUAGAAGUUUCUAGAAAGGCGGAGCACCCCUUCCGCGGCUCCAGGCUCCUUCUCCUGGACGCCCCUGGAAACAUCCACAGCAUAUCCUUCCUCUUCAACUCCCUCACCAGAACCUACUUCGAUGUCUUCGCCACGCUCCCUCCAAUCCUUCCCUCCGGCCCCAUCGCCCUCCUCGGCUUCGGCGCCGGCACCACCGCCCGCCUCCUCCUCGACCACUAUCCCCAGGCCGUCCUCCACGGCUGGGAGCUCGACCCCGCCGUCAUCCAGGUCGCGCGUGAGUACUUCAGGCUCGGAAAGCUCGAGAGGGAGCACCAGCAGCGCCUUUUCAUCUUCAUCGGGAACGCGCUCCACGCGACCGCGCCCAACGGCUUUUCCGGGAUCAUCGUGGACUUGUUCUCCAAAGGGUGCUUGAUUCCCGAGCUCCAGGAACCUGCCACGUGGGAGAUGCUGAGGGGGCGAUUGAGGAGCGGAGGGAGGAUUAUGGUGAAUGUUGGAGGGAGCUGUGUGGAGCCGGAGAGUAGGCUCAGAAAUGGGAAGGUUGUUAUGGACGAAACUCUGAGGGCCAUGAAGAAGGUUUUCGGGAAGAAGCUUUUUGUUCUCAAUGUCGGGAAUCGCAAAGACGAUAGCUCUCUUGCUCUUACUGGGGACUUGCCUCCUGCCGAAGAGUGGAUGAAAAGGCUUCCCGGCCCCUUGAAAUGCUACACUCAGAUGUGGAUGCCCUUCUCCGCUUAG